UGUGGAACAAAUAGAAGAAAAAAAGACCAAAAGGGCAAAAACAAAACAUCUCUGUUCUUCUUUCUUCUUGAAUAGCCAUUACUAUUCUUCUUCUCUCUUUAUAUAUCUCAUCAACUCUCUGUUUUUUCUCUGUUCCGUAUAUGUACUUUGUUUUCAGCCAUUGACGACAUGGUGACGAACCUUAAAGUGGAUCCUCUUGCUAAGGUGGUCUCUGCCUCUACCACAUCCAUGAAGAGCCGCCAGUCAGAGCCAUAUUAUGGUACCCUUGAGACAUAUCAAGGCCUCCCUUGUCCUUAUGGUGGCUACUAUGGAUUGUACUAUCCAAGUCUUGAUGGUUCAGUUGGAGAAGCAAAGGAUAAUGGAUAUUAUAGUUAUGGAACAGAAGCUCAAUACCCAGUUAUGCAAGGUGAAAAUGGAUCUUUGGUCUACAUGAUGCCAGGGUUUCAAUCUUAUGAUGUUAGUUCCACUUAUAUGCCUAUAAGCCCGGCUUGUGUGUCAAGUCAGGCCCUUCACUCACCAAUGUAUGCAGCUCAAGGGUAUUAUCAGAACCAAUAUGGUUAUGGAGAUGUUUCAUCGCCAACCUAUCUAUGGGAAGACAAGUAUGUGUACGGUGUUGCUACAAGUACCAAACCUUUGAAACAGAACAUAUCUUCUUCUUCAAGUUAUAACCCCAGCAACUAUUACUCAAAGACCAAGACUUCUUUCACAAGUCACGGCAUGGGAGCUCGGCCUAAGAAGUCUGGAGCUUUAAAUAGAGAUGAAACAGAGAAGGCGAAAGCGAGGAACAAAGAUAAUGUUAAUAGUACUGAAGGAGAAUGUGAGUCCUGUGUAGGUUCUGUGAUCAAAAGAGAUCAAUACAACCUCCCUAGCUUUGAGACCAAGUAUGAAGAAGCAAUGUUCUUUGUGAUAAAAUCUUAUAGCGAAGACGACAUUCACAAGAGCAUCAAGUACAGUGUUUGGUCUAGUACUCUCAAUGGGAACAAGAAGCUAGACAGUGCGUAUCAAGAAUCUCAAAAGAAGGUUGCAGAGAAAGGUGGAACGUGCCCUGUCUUCCUUUUCUUCUCGGUGAAUGCAAGUGGCCAGUUUUGCGGUAUAGCUGAGAUGACUGGGAGAGUAGAUUAUGAGAAGAGCAUGGACUUUUGGCAGCAAGAUAAGUGGACUGGCUAUUUUCCGGUCAAGUGGCACAUAAUCAAAGAUGUUCCAAAUCCGCAAUUAAGGCAUGUAAUACUGGAGAACAAUGAGAACAAGCCUGUAACGAAUAGCCGAGACACACAAGAGGUGAGGUUGCCACAAGGGAGUGAAGUGUUGAACAUAUUCAACAGCUAUGCAGCAAAGACGUCUAUAUUAGAUGAUUUCGAUUUUUAUGAAAAUAGAGAGAAGGUUAUGGUUCAGAAGAAGCUAAGGUUCCCUCCGGCUCAGAUAAAGAAGAAAGAAGAAGAAGAAUUGGUUGCUGAUCUCCAAACAAUGGAGAUAUCAAAGAGCGGAAAACUUACAUGACAGGAACUGUGACGUAACUAAAAGUAGCUGUUGUGUGUUUUGGGUUUUUUCCUUUUAAGUCGCCAUAAAACGGUUCCAUUGGUUCGGAUUGCUUUGAUUUUUAUAACAAGUGAUUAGUUUCUUCUUAUGCUAUUGUGUGUAAUGUUUUGCAGUUUUGUAAUACCAUUGACGAAUAAAAUUUGGUUUAAUAGUGAAA